AUGGAGGAUUCAGAGCUCGCAAAGAUCAGGCAAGCUCGCCUCGAGCAGCUCAAGGCCCAAGGCGGCGACCCCGGCGGCGGUGGAGCUGGACCCAAGCUCGGCGGCGGCGGCGGCGGCCAGGACCCAGCGCAGCAGAGGCAACAGGCCGAAGCCGAAGCGCGUCAGUCGAUGCUCAACCAAAUCUUGCAGCCCGAGGCAGCUGACCGGCUGGGGCGCAUCCGGCUCGUCAAGGAGCAGCGGGCGACUGAGGUGGAGAACCGGCUGAUCAUGCUGGCGCAGUCGGGCCAGCUGCGCGCCAAGGUGACCGAGGACCAGCUCAAGGAGCUGCUCAACGCCGUGGCCGACAACAAGGAGGAGGAGAAGAUUGUGGUCAGCCGGCGCAAGGGCUGGGACGACGACGACGACGACGACUUGUUUGACCUGUGA